CAGCUGAGUGGUGAGGAUGCUUGGCACUGUCCAAAUUGUAGGGCCUUCCAGCAGGGCACUACCAAAAGUCUCACCCUUUGGUCACUUCCCGAAAUUUUGGUCAUUCAUCUUAAAAGGUUUAGGCAGGACCACGAGCACCACAGCAAGUUGAACAACCUCAUCAUGUUUCCCAUCACUGGACUCGACCUCAACUACCACAUGCGCGCCACUAACGCAGCUACAAUCUCGGCUACUUCCUCCAUCUCUAACAGCUGGAAUGCAGCUAUGCUUCAGCAGCUCAAGGGAAAAAACCAUCAACAAAACAACAGCUGGUUGUCGUGGAGGUUGAACGGGAAGGCGUCUGCCGAUGAUUCUGUCUAUGAUUUGUAUGCUGUCUGCAAUCACUAUGGAGAUAUGCAGGGAGGGCAUUAUACAGCUUUCUGCAAGAACCCAGCCACUGGCAUGUGGUGCCUCUUCAACGACAGCAAAGCCACACCAAUAAAAGAGGAAGAAGUUGUCACUAGGUCUGCGUACCUCCUCUUCUACCAAAAAAGGGUGACC